ACAAAUGCUUAUAUGGCUUAUCUAGAAAACAUGGGCUCUCCUGUAAUUAUUCUACUGAAUCUAUGCAGGAUUGGUUUUUCUGAGGAAGGAAUACCACAACUUUUCAGUUCCUUCAACACUACAAGGGUGUACUUCAACCCUACCAUAACGAAAGCUAGGGAAAUCAUCGAGAGUGCGAAGGAAAGGUCAUCACCUUUGUUGUCUUCUUUGAGUUAACCAAUGCCAUCACAGUGUUCACAAGUUUUUGCGUCAACUAUGAUGCGUAAUAAUAGGAAGAUUUCUGUGGCUGAAAUACCCCUUCAAAAUUCUAUGGAUGCUUUUGUUGUCCAUUGUGUACUCUUUAAAUUGGAGACUAGCCAUGGUUGGAUUUAUGAUGGGUGUGCCAAGUGUGGUGGUAAACCUAAGAUCCAAGAGACCUCACCGUAUUGUGUAACUUGCAAGAAGAGGCCAGAUGCUAUUGAGCCAAAGUAGUUGUUCUGUUUUUUUUUCUUCUAUUUGUUUUGCAUGUACAGAUCAUGCAUAUAGAAGUUGGUUGUCUAAUUUUUGAGUUCAUGAAUUUAAUGAGCGGCAAUAUCAUCAUUAAUCAGGAUGAAGCUCUACUACACUGUUGUAGACGAGACAGGGUCUGCCUCUGUUAUUUUUUGGAACAAGUUGGCUGUUCAGUUAGUUAAGCAUACUGCUUCUGAGCUUAAACUGAUGCUCGAGAAGCAGGAAGAUCGUGCCUAUGAUUUCCCUAACAAGCUUGAUGAUCCAGUUGGUGUCAAGGUAUUAUUGAAGUUAAAGCUCAAUGAGUACAACAAGAAGUAUCCUCACUCCAGUAUUAGUGUGCUGCAGUAUACAAUUUGUGAGAACCUUAUAGAGCAGUUUGAUGAUGUAGUUGAUGAAAAUGUCGUCAAUGUUGAGGAUGAAAGUGCAGAAGUUCAGCACUAUGAACCAAUUCCCCCAUCUCAACCAGAUCCUCAAACACCAAUUCCUGAUGCUCCAAAGUUAGAUGACAUAACUUUAGCUAAGUUAUGCCAGAAUGUUGCUGUUCCUUCUAUCGUUACUAGGAAAAGGAAGAGUGGUGGGAAGAAUAGUAGUGUUGCUGCUGACAAAGUUAAUGGGCUAGGGUCUUCAUCUGCCUCGGACCCUAACUGGAACACUGUGAAGAUAAUCAAGAAAGAGAAGGAUGCCUGAUAAUGUUCUGCUAUUUGAUGUCGUUGGUGUUAUUGUAGGAUUUCACUUCUUUGAAUUUGCAUC